AUGAGUUUCCUCCGGAUUGAGGGAUACCAUGUCUUCAUCACCGGAGCUGCCGGUGGCAUUGGCCAGGAAGCAGUUAAAGAAUUCCUUGGCCAAGGGUGCAAGGUUACAGGGCACGACCUUCGCCAGGUUCCUGUACCGAAUUCUGCAAACAGCUCCAACUUCUACUCUGUGACUGGAGACAUUUCAUCUGAGGAAUCAGUCGCAUCCUGCAUCAAAUCUGCCGUGGAGCAUUUCGGACCCAUCAAUAUCUUGAUUGCCAAUGCGGGAAUCACAGACGAAUCUUCCGAUUACAACAUUUGGGAAAUUCCGUUGGAGAUUUGGGAAAAGACAUAUAACACCAAUAUCCGGGGCACUUUCCUAACCAUCAAGCACUUCCUGCAAAGCGCGAAAGAGGUCCAGACCGCGGCCGGCAACGCCGAGCUGGAAAAUCUGGCUAUCGUCGUCACUGGAUCCGAGACUGGCAAGUUUGGCCAAGCCGGACAUACCGAGUAUGCCUCCGGUAAGGCUGGUCUGCAAUACGGUCUUGUUCGCGGAGUCAAGAAUGAGAUUGUCAAGAUCAACUCGAAAGCGCGUAUUAAUGCUGUGGCCCCUGGAUGGGUUGAUACCCCUCUUAUUGCCGGAAGACUGGAUGACCCCAAGGAGAUGUGGAAUGAGGCUCAGGCUACGGUUCCACUCAAAAAGAUCGCACAACCCCAAGAUGUCGCACGUACUAUGGCUUUCCUCGCUAGUCAUCGAGCCGCUGGCCACAUCACUGGGCAAUGUCUUUCCGUCGAUGGAGGCAUGGAAGGGCGUGUUAUUUGGAGGGCAGACGAAGUACUGGGCAAAGACAACACUGUUGUGCAAGCAGGUACUACGACAGCGAAUAUCCCUCAACAUAUUAUGACCAAAAAGCGCCGCAUUCAAAUUCUUCUCUCAGUCGAUUUUGACGCGGUCUCGGGCUUCCUCGGAACCGGAGCUUCAAAAGAUAACAGCUUGUCCGAUUACAGCAGCGGAUACUUUGCAGCCCAGGUUGGAGUACCGCGCCUGUUGCGACUUUUCAAGAAGCAUGGAAUUUCUUCAUCGGUCACUUGGUUUGUGCCGGGUCAUUCGAUGGAGUCUUUCCCCAAUGAGACCAAGAUGAUCGUGGAUUCUGGCGCUGAGGUCGGAUGCCAUGGAUACGCCCACGAAGGUGCUGCACAGAUGACCGAGGCACAGGAAAGGGAUGUCAUUAUCAAGUGUGUCGAGCUUUGCACUGAAUUGACCGGACAGAAGCCUCGUGGAUGGAGAGCACCACUCUAUUUGCUCAGAGAGCAUACUGUGAAGGUGUUGGAAGAGUUUGGGUUCUUAUACGACACCUCCCUUACCCACCACGACUCGGCAUUGUAUUUCCUCCCUGAGCUUCCUCCUAUCGAGCCUAUUGACUUUUCUCCUUCGCAAUCGGCCACCACAUGGAUGAAGCCUCUUGCCAAGGCCGGCCCCAGGACAGAAAAGACACUCGUGGAGAUCCCAUGCAACUGGUACAUGGAGGACAUGACGCCAAUGCAAUUCAUUCCUGCAGCCAGCAACUCGCAUGGAUUUGUCAGCCCAACGGCCAUCGAAGAGAACUGGAAAUCUCGAUUUGAGUUCCUUUACAACGAGACCGACGACUUUGUCUUCCCUCUAAUCUUGCAUCCCGAUACGAGCGGUAUGGCCCAUGUUAUUGGUAUGAUCGACCGAAUGGUCACAUGGUUGAAGCAGAAGGGAGACGAGGUGGAAUUCGUUACUUUUGAGAACUGUGCGAAGGAGUGGAAAGCCAAGCAAGAUAAAUAA